AGAAGGCGAAAAAGUGAUGAUAAUUUAAGUGUGAAAUCGUGGCGUGGUCGAGAACAAGCUCAAGAAGAUGCAGGCUAAUGUAGAGCACUUCCCAGUGGCGACGACGACGACGACGUUGGUUCCAAUGGUCGUUGGAUUGGAUCGCAUCAGCGGCUACGGAAUGAUGGAGGGCUAUUUGCCGAAUUACCCAACCGACACGUCCCUGUACCGCAGCUUUAGUUCCUCGGGCGACACCAGCCCAUCGUUCACGGGUCACGACGGCAGCAGUCUCAAUUACAGUUCGAGUGUUGGCGGCGGCGGUCUAGUUUCGUUCACGGAAAUGAUGAUCGACGGUGAAAGCUUUGUUCCGGUGCCCGCAGACGAUAGCUAUCUGGAUCAACGACUUCUGGACGUCGGCGUCGAGCACGCACCCAUAACGACCACUCAACCAAAUGACUCAAUCAAGCCGCAAAUCACCUCCAGCAAGUCCAGGCGCCGAAAAGCCUCCUCCACCUCAAAUAAAUCAACAAAACUAGCAAAACUAGAUCAAGACCAACCCAACCAGUCUUCAACUCCACCGAGCCCCACAGUGGUCCGGAAGCGUCGCUUAGCGGCCAACGCUCGCGAGCGGAAACGGAUGAACAGUUUGAACGUGGCCUUCGACAAACUCCGUGAGAUCGUCCCGUCGUACGCCCCCGAGCACAAACUGUCCAAGUUCGAGACGCUCCAGAUGGCCCAGACGUACAUCAACGCGCUCAGCGAGAUGCUCGAGAAGGGAACCGAAGCCGAUGCGUACAGUCUGUUCGUGGAUGAUUCGGACGAAACAGGGGUGACAUCGCCGGAAGAUCGCCGAGAGGACUCUGGCCACGGUAGAGGCGGCAGUGAUAGCAAUAACAACGGCCACAGCCAGGACCAGCAUGUGGUGUACGAGAUUCAGAGAUAUUAUGAAGUGGAUUUUAUUUGAAUUAUGACCUCAACAGGAAGUGUGAGACUGUUUCAGAGUAGAAUUAAUAUAUGCACCAAAUAUGUAAAAAUCAAGCCAAAUCUAGUCUUAAGGCAAAUCGAUGAUACUCAUUCGGACAAUGACACGCACAUCAAUCAAACUUAUUA